AGAACAAUUUGAAAACCCACCCCAUAAUAUUUAAAAUCUGGGACAAAGAACCGUCCGGACGCAACUGAUUCAAUUGCAGAACCUCAGCGCUGCCUCCGGAGCGGCCCGUCGGCCAGAGUCAGGAGCAGCCCCUUUAAAAAAGCGGAGUACAGUAUUGGGAUUCUUGAAACCUGAAACCUAGAAACAGAAUCGAAGCGGAAACCAGAAGGAAAACCUUGAACUCCUCCAGACAAUUGCUUCCGGGGAGUUUCGGGAGAGCGAGGGGGAAUAAAGGGCCCGAGAGGAGGGCCCCUCGGAUGGCGCGCCCCUGAGGGUCCUGGCGACUUAGAGGAGCGUGGGAAGGAGAGGACCCUACCCUCUCCCUGGGCUGCAGGACAUGGCCACCGUGGAGCAGAAAGCUCUGGGCAUUGGCUUCAAGUGUCUCUCUUUGGCCACUUUUGUGCUCAUCUGCGCCGGGCAAGGGGGACGCAGGGAAGAAGGGGGUCCAGCCUGCUACGGGGGAUUUGACCUGUACUUCAUUUUGGACAAAUCAGGAAGUGUGCUGCACCACUGGAAUGAAAUCUAUUACUUUGUGGAACAGUUGGCUCAUAAAUUCAUCAGCCCACAGCUAAGAAUGUCCUUUAUUGUCUUCUCUACUCAAGGAACCACCCUAAUGAAGCUAACAGAAGACAGGGAACAGAUCCGCCAAGGCUUAGAAGAACUCCAGAAGGUUCUGCCAGGAGGAGACACUUAUAUGCAUGAAGGAUUUGAAAGGGCCAGUGAGCAGAUUUAUUAUGAGAACCGUCAAGGCUACAGGACAGCCAGCGUCAUCAUCGCUCUGACUGAUGGGGAACUCCAUGAAGAACUCUUCUUCUAUUCAGAGAGGGAGGCUAACAGAUCCCGAGAUCUUGGUGCAAUUGUUUACUGUGUCGGAGUGAAGGAUUUCAAUGAAACACAGUUGGCCAGGAUCGCAGACAGUAAGGAUCACGUGUUUCCUGUCAACGACGGCUUUCAGGCCCUGCAGGGGAUCAUCCACUCUAUUUUGAAGAAGUCCUGCAUCGAAAUUCUAGCAGCUGAACCAUCCACCAUAUGCGCAGGAGAGUCCUUUCAAGUAGUGGUGAGAGGGAACGGCUUCCGACACGCCCGCAAUGUGGACAGGGUCCUCUGCAGCUUCAAGAUCAACGAGUCGGUCACGCUCAAUGAGAAGCCCUUCACUGUGGAAGAUACGUAUUUGCUGUGUCCAGCACCUAUCUUAAAGGAAGUUGGCAUGAAUGCUGCGCUUCAGGUCAGCAUGAACGAUGGCCUCUCCUUCAUCUCCAGUUCUGUCAUCAUCACCACCACACACUGUUCUGAUGGCUCCAUCCUGGCAAUCGCCCUGCUCAUCCUGUUCCUGCUCCUGGCCCUGGCUCUCCUCUGGUGGUUCUGGCCCCUCUGCUGCACCGUGAUUAUCAAGGAGGUCCCUCCACCCCCAGCGGAGGAAAGUGAGGAAGAAGAUGAUGAUGGUUUGCCUAAGAAAAAGUGGCCAACUGUAGAUGCCUCUUACUAUGGAGGGCGAGGCGUUGGAGGCAUUAAAAGGAUGGAGGUUCGUUGGGGAGAAAAGGGCUCCACAGAAGAAGGUGCCAAGUUGGAGAAGGCAAAGAAUGCAAGAGUCAAGAUGCCAGAACAGGAGUAUGAAUUCCCCGAACCCCGAAAUCUCAACAACAACAUGCGCCGGCCCUCCUCCCCCCGGAAGUGGUACUCUCCGAUCAAGGGGAAACUUGACGCCCUGUGGGUCCUACUAAGGAAAGGAUACGAUCGUGUGUCCGUGAUGCGUCCACAGCCAGGAGACACGGGUCGCUGCAUCAACUUCACCAGAGUCAAGAACAAUCCACCCGCCAAGUACCCCCUAAACAAUGCCUACCACACCACCUCGCCGCCUCCUGCCCCCAUCUACACCCCGCCACCCCCUGCUCCCCACUGCCCGCCCCCACCGCCCAGCGCCCCCACCCCUCCAAUUCCAUCCCCACCUUCCAUCCUCCCCCCUCCUCCUCAGGCUCCCCCUCCCAACAGGGCACCGCCUCCCUCCCGACCUCCUCCUAGGCCUUCUGUCUAGAACCCACGGUUCAAGCUCUGGGUUCUCUCAGAAACUUUGGGGAGGAGGCGCCUCUGUGGUGUUAGGACCCGUCUUUCCAGUUAGAGGAGGCUUCCACUUUGGAAACGAGUGGUGAGAAAGCCCACCAACGUUCACACACUUUGCAAAUUGGUUUGUCACACCAAUACACCAACAAUUGUGAUCAGCAGAAAGAAAUCGAAAUUUUGAAUUGCCUGAAAACAAAAGAUGAGGCAACCACAGUCACAAUGAGAGCCAGCCAGCCAUCACCUCUAGAAGGUUCCAGAGGCAGUGAAACUGCUGAGAUGCUCUAAAUGGGAUUGUGUCUCAUGGAGACCAAUGAGAAAAUCCUUUCUCUGAGGGUGAAAUGCAGAGUCAGAUAAGAAAUACCAUUGCUGGGUUGCUGAAUGCUGCCUUCGCUCCUCCACUCCACCUCCGUCACUUGACCCUGGACCCUUGGCCCAGCAAUCAAGGAAUCCUCACCCCUGUGUGCCACCCCCGAAGGGAGAAACCCUUUGUCUACAACUCCGGGGAAAGCUUGGGGUCCCCACUGUGGCAAGAACUCAACAUCAGACACGUAUCCAAAAGCAUGUCUGGGAUUUGCAGAGGAGUAAAAACAUAUGCCUUAUUUUCCUUCCAAAUUCUCCCAGUGUCCAGGUGAGGAAGAAGGCUGUUGUUUACUGAUGGAAAAGGUAUGUUGCCAUGUUGCUGUGUAAGUGAAAUCAGGUGUGUGCAUUGACAGGCAAGUACUGAUGGGAGCAUCAGACAGUUUCUAAAACCCACAAGCCAUCAGCAGCUGGAGGUGGCUGGCUUUGGCCCAACACGGUCCCUAAAUCAGCAGACGGUGGCAUUGUCAAAGAGCAACUUGUUAGUGAUUCAUGUUUUUAAAAAAAACCAAGAUUUGAUUUCGAUUUAAAUCACGUGAGAUACGAGGACGGGAUGGAUCCUGUUUUCCAGAGACAGAUAUGAGUUGAUCUUUCCAAAAUGGUAUCACUAACCCUGUCACACAAUUUUCCUGAUUUUGUUUUUCUCUCUUGGUCAAGUUGUGCACCAGAGACUUCUAGGUAGAGCUGAGAGAUAAUAGUCCUGACAUAAUAUGGAAUUUAUCCCCCCAAAAAGCAUUGUGUGUGUGGAUACAAUAUUUUUCUCCUUGGCUUUUCAACAUACUUGCAAAUAUUAUCAGCCACCUGAAAUUCAAACCGUGCCUGGGAACCACUCCACUCCCUCAAGGCUUUCCGAAUCCCUGUCAUCAGUAAGCCCUAUACUCACUUUCUAAACAUUGGGCUUCAUCACCAAAGGGUGAAAACAGAGGCCAUUGUUUAGGGUCUCCUGCACCAACCUGUUCAAAAUUACCUCCCCCUCCGACUUUCCACAGGUCUUAAAAUUCCACUCCCCAAACCCUUAAAUCUUUUCAGGAACAAAGCAGAAUAUAAAUACAAACUUUGGGCUGUGGUCUCCAGAGAUCCUUCAGGAACCCAUCAAGCCAACCUCAUUCUUUGAUCCUACUUAGAACCGAGGUAUAAAACCUGGCAUGCAUUUCCUACUCAGCAGUGCUUGUAGCCAUGGCAGACGUUGCUCAUCAGUCACAGCACUCUUUUCCACGGAGCCCAAUGAUUUCUUCACAAUCUUCACAUCACAAUGCCAAAGAGCCACCACUCAUCAGCGGAACUGAGAGAUAAGUGAACCCUAAGCACCCUCCCAACUUUAGAAAGCCAAAGCAAGCAGGGAUUGUGUGGGAGAAUGGGGAAACCCUUGGGCAGUCAGGAGAAAAUAGCUCUAGGCAGCAUGGCUUAGUGGGGGAGCCACAGGCACUAAAUGUGCAGUGCCAACGCCAUACUGACCCUUCUCCAGGUGUACCUCGGACCCAGCCCUCCUCCCAGCCUGCCACUUCCAGAGACUGUCCCAGCUUUCUCAUAGAGCUAAAAUCAGAGAUGGUUUCCAGGGCUUACGAAAGCAACCUCCCUCCCCCACCCCCUAACCUAUAUUAUCUAUUUUUAGAAUAUUAGGCUUCUUCUUUAGAAUAGUCCCCCCAUGAAGCAGGGGUCAUGAAGCAGAGGUCAGAAUGUCUUGGUCACCUGCAGUGACAUUGCUGGACUCCAGAAAACCAUUCCAUAGGCGAAUGGGUUCCCCGGGCUCACCGCGUAGAGAGGUUGAGCCCCUGGCCACUGUUUUGACUGCUGGCGGUACAAAACAGUCCACCCCAUACCACUGCCGCAUGGCUCACUGCAGCCAUCGGAAAGUACACGCCAAGAUGUUGACACUGUUGUGCAACAAGAUGGCAGGUAUCAGGUGAGAAUGCAACAAUCUCAACCACACAUCAGUCAAAAGCCCUGUGCAGUUUCCGAGAUGUUGUUUUGGUGAACUCUCAGAUAUAAUAGGGAACUGCAAAUACAUAAUGACUUUGAAGGGGAUUCACAGGGUUUGUCCUUAAAAUGGACUCAUCAUGUCAACCCUAGUUCCUUAGAAUUUCAGUGGAGAAGGAGAAACUUCUCUACGGUAUGAAAAAAGCAAUGUUUCAAUGGUAGGUGAUUACAAGCAGGAAAAUCCUUUAACUGGUUUGUAAAACCGAUCAAUACCUAUGUCAUUCCCUGUUAAAGGUAGCAGACAUAUGAUUGUGAUCAGGAAACUGCACAAAAUUUGUUUUUUUCCACCCCCAUGUUAUUGUCCUCAUGAAGUUUUUUUUUUUUAAAUAAAGGCCAACUUUCUGUUGUAUAUAUUCAUAUUCCAUGUGUUAGAUGGAAGCAUUUCCUAUCCAGUGUGAAUAAAAAGAACGGUUGUAGUAAAUUAUUAUAAGGUCAAUGAUAUUUCAUGGCAGGUUAUUCUACCAAGCUGUGCUUGUUGGUUUUUCCCAUGACUGUAUUGCUUUUAUAAAUGUACAAAUAGUUACGGAAGUGACGAGACCCUUGUUUGCACAGCAUUAAUAAGAACCUUGAGUGGUUACCUCUGGUAACGACCAGCUCAUAAACAGUUUCUGGCCUGCCACUGGGCACAUGCUCUGGUGAGAUACAAGGGCUCUCUUUUACCAAAGUCAAGAACAGAGUUGGUGGACAUAUUUGGCCAUAGGUAACCUAUUGUAAAUAUCACUAGAAUGGCUAGAGGUGAUCUGGAAGUCUCAUAUAAAGCCCAAACACUAUGUCACAUGAGGGAAAUCCAUCCAAGAACUAGAGAAAAAUAAUGAUGAGAUAAUGAGCAACAGUUUUGAUCCGGUGCCAACUCAAAAAUCAAUUAAUGCUGUGUAAAAAUGGGUUGAAUUAGUUUGCAAACUAUAUAAAGAUAUAGCCAGUAAAAAGCCUGUUAAUGCACACCAGAUGGGAAUGGGAUGUCCUAGUCAACUGCGUUUUCUAGUUAUCUGAGCUCUAUUAUAUUAUCAUACUUGGAUAACCAAUUUAAAAGAAUUAGAAUAUGAUUUUUUAAAUACAUUAAGCUCUUCUUCUCAUUCUUUCUUCUAUCUGUGAUAAUUCAGAAGACAGUAUGAAUCUUCGACGCCUCUGAGUCAUUGUUAUAAAAAUCAGUUAUUGCUGUACCUGCUAGAGGAGAAUGGGCUGAACGUGUACAAUGACAAACCCUGGAAUUUGCUUUUUUUAAAAAAAAUAAUAAAUUCUUAAAAUCAA